AGGCAGAGGGCGCCGCCCCCUUGUGUUUUCAUUGAUUCUUGCCGGCCGCCCGAUGGUUUGCUUGCUUGGCAGGUUGGGCCCCCCCCGGCCAGCCGGUGUGCGCGGGCCUGGUUGGCCGGGCUUGUGGUGGGCCCGCAUUGCUCCCGCGCCUUGGUUCGCGCGCGUCCGUCGGUCUAUGUCUGUGUCAUCUAUAUUUCCGGGCACGCUGAACAGGGCGCGCGAGUGCCGUGUUACUUCCUUAGAGGCGUGCGCGCAGCCCUUUUCUCGGAUGGAGUGCCGACCCGCAUAAAUAUGCUCGGCCCGUGCGUUGCGGCCCCAGAUUGAUUGGACUUCUGCCCCCGCUGGUCGGCGGGGCGGAGCGAUGUGUGGACCGAGCAGAGCAUGCGGCGGCGGCGCCGUUUUUUCUCUCUGUCAGUAGUUUGGCGGGCAUGGGCCUUCGCAAACUGGAGCUCGCUGCACCUUAAUGCUUCUCCCUGCGGCUGCCGCUGCGACGGAC